CGAAGGCGCAUGACCAAGCUUCCAGUCCGGGAGCGCGGCCACCCCGCGCCCGAUCGACGGGGGGGCUGCCGCGAUGGCGCCCUUCCGCCGGCCGCGGCCCGCCGGGGCGACGAAGCCCGCGCCCGACGGCGCGGCCUCGACGCUCCUGAGCACCUGGCAGCAGCAAAAGCACCUGCCGCCCAUCGACCCCAAAUUGAGCGGCGAGCAGGUCCGCAGAGGUAUGAACUUGGGCCGCUUCGAGCUCACGCGCAAGCUCGGUACGUUCACAUCAUUAGAACUAUCUCACCCUUCUUCGCACAGGCGAGGGCGAGUUCGCGCAGGUGUUCGAGUGCGUCGAGAGGGAGGACCGCUCCAAAAAGUUCGCCUGCAAGGCCAUCCGGAAGGAACGGGUCCAGCGCCACGCGUCCUUACACAAGGCGAAGCGCAACAUCAAGCGCGUCGACACCGAGGUUAGGGCUCUGAAGCGCUUCUCGCACGCGGCGGUCGUGCGACUGUACGACGUCAUCCAGAGCCCGCAGCAUGUGUACUUGGUGUUGGAGCGGGGCGACCGAGAUUUGUACGCGUUCUUAGACGACUACAAGGACGGCUGCACGGAAGACGUGGUGCGGAGCGUCAUGAGGAUUGCGGCGCUGGGCCUGCGCCACUGCCACGCGCAGGGUAUUGCUCAUAGAGAUUUGAAACCAGAAAACGUCCUGGUCAUGGGCACGCCCGACACCUGGGCGGCCCACGAGCAGAACGUCGACCCGAGGAAGCGCGGCGUCGUCAAGCUCUGCGACUUCGGGCUCUGUGCGGACGUCAGUUCGGGAGAGAAUCUCACGGACUUCGUGGGCUCGCCGGGCUUCUUCGCGCCCGAGCUACUCCUCGCGAAGUCGUACUGCGGCAAGCGCGCGGACGUCUGGUCGCUGGGCUGCGUCAUGCUCGAGAUGCUCUUGGGCCACGAGGUCUUCACGAACCUGUGGUGCCCGCCCUACGACCACUUGCACGACGACGAGGCGUUUCGCGACGCCGUUUCGGAGACCGUGCUCCAGGUCAAGCUCGGCUCGACGCAGUGCGCGCCGUCGCCCGCGCUACGUAUGUUGGUCGAGCAGCUCUUGGAUUUGGAGCCGGCGCGGCGCGCGACGGUGGACCAGCUCUGCGAGGCCGCGUACUUCGACCUCGUCCUGCCGAACGCGGAGGGCGGCGCGCGGAAGUUGCUGCGGCUCACCUACGACUCCGCGCGGCGCUCCUUCUCCGACACGCCCAUGCCUCACCGCCGCCCCUGCGGCCGCCGCAAGCGCGUCACGCUCUCGCGCAUCGAUUCCACGGAAUCCGACAAACUCGGCGCCGCGGCGCGCGGCCUCCGCGUCCAGACGAGCGUCGACCUCUCCCGGCCGCGCGAGCCCGACUCGCCGACGUCGCCAUCACCUAUCCACGCGCCCGAGGGCCUCGCCGAGCCGCCGACGCGGCCGGCCUCCUUCGACGCCGUCCCGGCCGCCGCCUAGCGGCCCUAGGCCCACCCACCACGCCCCCAACGCACACUCCACAGCCUGUCUGUGUUGUCACACGCCCCCCCUGUGCCCCCGCGUAAUCAGUCGUCGUCA